GGAGUGGUGGCCCAGUAGCUUGUGGAAGCUGCAGGAGGAGGACCCAGAGAGAGCACUGUGUCUGUCUGGAGAUAUCCUGCUGAGAUGGAGCGGCUGAGAGCCCUUCGAGGUCUCUUUGCUUGUGUGGGCUGCAUGCCCAGACGUACGUGUCGCGGGAGCAGAGGCAGGGUGGCAAGCUCUGCCCCUGCCUGUCCCGUGACUUUGCUGCUGCAGCGCCUGCAGGACAAGGAGGGUGACCGAGCUCAGGCGUACUGCCAGCUGGAGGGCGUCCUGCGGGAAGAUGAGAGCCGCCCGCCGUGUGGAGUGGUGAACCGGCUGCUGGCAGAGGUAUCCCAGGACCUGACGGCGGCCCAGGGCGUGACAGACAACGUGAGGAUGGCUGCCAGCAAUGUCCUGGUGGCUCUGGCCCGGUCACACUUCAGCUUGGUGAUGGCCGAGCUCCAGGGCCACCUGAAGGCCGUGGGGGAGAUGUCCAAGGAGUUUGUGCUCAUCACCCUGAGCAAACUCUUCAGCAGCUACGCUCCACAGUGCAUCUCCUUCAUUUGGCUGACACUGGCCGGCCUGCACUGUGUGGCCGGCCAGGUGAGGAGCGGCCGCACCCUGCGCAUUGCUUGUGCUGUGGUGAAACAAUGGUCGGAAGGAGCCAAGGUUCACUUGUACGCUGGAAAGCAAUGCCCCUGGCCCGCCACAGAGAAAGAGAAAAUCUGUGAGAAUCUUUACCAGCUCCUCUGCUCUGUGGUGAGGAACUGGCAGGGCUGCGAGGAGGAAAAGGACAAACAGGCCGUCGUCGGGGCUGUGGCUGCCAUGGUGGAUCUCCUCCUGCAAGAGGAGCUGCGCCAAGAGCACACCUGGGAGCAGCUCCUCUGGCUUGUGCACCAGUGUCAGGAGGUCCAGGACACUUCCAGGGUGACCAAGAGCCUCGAUAUCUUGGAGGGAGUUUGGUCUGUCAUCCCCAAGGACAUGCUUCUGGCCACCACCAGUGCCAUGUUUGACCAGCUCUCUGAUGACACCGAACAGCACAGCGAGGCUGAGAGCACAAAGAUGACCCACUGCAUCCUGCUGCAGGCCCGAAUCUGCCCAGAGGAAAUAGUCCUGUUUCUGCAGUCGCAGCUGGGCCAUGAGAGGGAGGCCAGAUGCGUGGCAGCCCUGGGUCUGCUCGGUGCUCUGGCUCGCUCUGAUGAGCCGGUGAUGACAGAGAAGCUGCCCCAGGUUGUGGAGGCUGUGCAGUGUCUGUGCGGGGACCCCAGGACCCGGGUGAGGAGGGCCAUCCUGCAUUUCAUCAAGGAUCUGCUCAGUGCUGACGCCCGGAGCUGCUCAGCCUGGGAUGUGGUGGGGCACAUCUUCAGGGAGUUCAGCCGCAGCGCAGGAAGAAGGGCGGCUGGAGACCUUUCUGCCCAGGAAGCCCAGGAAGAAGGAGCUCUCCAGGAGCUGUGCACAGAUGUCCUGGGGUCACUGGAUGUCUCUGUGAGAGGGAUGACCAAACUCCUGUGGCCGCGGCUGCUGCUGUAUGUGGUGCCGGCCCAGUACACGGGCAUGCUGAUCCCGGUCUCCCGCUGUGUGAGAGCCCUAGCUGAGAGAGGGGACCUGAAGGACCGUGAGAUACAAGAACUGGAUCCCCAUUUCCUCAGCUCCGUCUUUCAAGGCCCGCUGCUGACUCCCCAGAAACUGCUGGCACGCCUGCUGGUGGUGGCGGGGAGCCCUUUGGCAGGCAGCGAACUCCAAGCCGCUGCCUUGCUGCUCAUGCAGAACCUCCACAGCAAGAUCCACAGAGCUGUGGGGGCCAUGUGGGCUGCUGAGAUCCCCCUGCUGCUGCAGUGCCUCGACGGGAAAGAUGAGAGCUUCCCGGGCUCUGCAGAGUGGGAGCAGCGUCUGCUAAAGUUCCUGAGGGCAUCGCUGGAGACCGUGGAGGAUGAGGCCUGGACCAAGAGCCUGAGCUGUGAGCUGAGCUGGUGGCUGGGCAGCUCUCCCAGCAGCUCCGGAGAAAAGCCUUUCCUAUACAAGGCUCUUGGGACAGCGCUGGGAGCUUGUAAGGAAGUCCUCCACAUCCAAGAGAAGCUGCUGCAACACCUGGAGGAAGCAAAUGCGGAGGAGCCAUCUGAAGCUCAGGGAAUGAUCUCUCUUCUCAGCCACGCUGCUGAGAGCAAUUUCCACCCAGUCUUGGACACACUCACCAUGUUUGCGUCCAGGCUGUGCAAAGGCCGGAAGGCGAAGAUUUCUGCACGCAAGAAGGCGGAGCUGAACAGCCCAAGAGCUCAAGCCACACGCAGCGCUCUCAUGAUUGCCCACGGCAGCUUGGCGCUGCGUGCCUCCAGAGAACAACUGCUCGCCCGCCUGGAGGGAGACAUCGUGGGCAACGUCCUGCUGCUCUACAGCUGCAGCUGCCGGGACUUGCCGAGCAAGCUCGCACUGGUGCAGAGCAUCAACGAUGUCAUCUCUGCCUUCCAAGCUGUGCGUGACGCCGGCCGCUUUAACCCCACCUUGAAGGCCAAGCUGCUGGAGAUCCUGACGUGACACAUGGAGGAGAAUAAGAGCGUUUUGUCUUCGAGGCUGGUAGAAGAAUGAAAAGGAAAGCCCAGCUAAAAAAACUUGUAUUAUUUAUUAAAAGUUUUGAAU